AUGGACGAUAUAGCAAUCCGGGUGUCUGAUCAUGUUUUAGAAGUGAUUUUUUCUUAUUUAGAUCUGCACACACUGAGAAAUUGCUCGCUAGUGUGCAAGCGAUGGAACUGCUUUCUAAACGAUGAGAACAGUGACGCGUGGAGGAUGCACUGCAUCAAAAAACUAGCACAAGAGGCGCUUAGUUCCGAUUUAUUGUCAUCGGUGCCUACAUACAAAUCGAAGCUCCGUGCGUUUUAUUACGCGUGGAAUCCCAAUGACUGUUCCCGUAAUAUUUACAUUAAACCCAAUGGAUUUACCAUGCACAGGCAUCCAGUUGCUCAAACCACAGAUGCCUGUAGAGGUAAAAUUGGCUUUCGGCACGGUCGGCAUGCCUGGGAAGUUAUUUGGGAAGGACCUUUGGGUACAGUAGCAGUAAUAGGCAUAGCUACAAGGGAAGCACCUCUCUUAGACCAUGGAUAUGUAGCAUUAGUGGGCUCUAAUAAACAUUCAUGGGGCUGGAACCUUGUGGAUAAUCAUUUAUUACACAAUGGAAAUGUGCAAGGGAAUUAUCCUUUACUUAAUAAUGCUCCAAAAUAUCAGGUUGGGGAAAGAAUUAGGGUAAUAUUAGAUUGUGAUGAUAACACAUUAUCUUUUGAAAGAAAUGAUGAAUUUUUGGGAGUGGCAUUUAGAGGGUUGCCAGAUAAAAGAUUGUACCCAUCUGUAUCUGCUGUAUAUGGAAAUACAGAGGUAUCUAUGGUGUACUUAGGACCACCUCUAGAUGGCUAA